UCAUAUGGACCAGGUUAACAUACAAGGCCCGCACAUGACCUUCGAUGACUUAUUGCAAAAGACCAAGAUAUAAGGCAAAUUUGGACUUUUGUAUCCAGUUAACUGAUUUACGUGAAUCUAUAGAGACGCGCAGAUUUUAUUGAUCGAUUAUGAAUUUUAUCAAAUAUGCUGUUGUUUUUGUCUUGAUGUUAACGGUGGCGGGUUUAGCAGUCGUUAAUGGAAAGAACUUACAUCAUCGUCAAGCAAGGGGACUCUUCUUCAAAAAGGGAAAACUAGGAGGCUUUGGUGGAGGCGUUAAGGGAUUUGGUGGAAAAUUCGGACAUCAUCAUGAAGAACACCAUAGUUAUAGCAGUUAUGGUGGAGGAGGUUUUGGAGGUGGCGGUUUUGGUGGAAUCGGCGGAUUUGGUGGAGUUGGAGGACUUUUAGGAAGAUGAUUCUUUCUUCAGAAUGCAAUAAGAAAUUUAAGUUUUUUUUUUUAAGUGUUAAGAAACAAAAAGCCAUUAGGAUUUGUGAUAGUGCAUUCAUCAUAAUACCAUAUAUUGUUUUUGAAAUAAAAUUAAGUCAUUCAUAAUUCAUAGACAUCAAAAGUGUAAUUUGACCGCCAUAAUGUAUUUCAAUUGAAUUGUAUCACCUUUUCCAUUGA